AUGAACCCAAGAAGAGCUUCUAGCGAGCCCUACUUCGAUCUAGGGACAUUUGGUCGCAAAGUCAGUACCAAUUCAGCAGAAGCUCAGAUAUGGUUCAACCGGGCCCUUACGUGGACGUAUUGCUUCAACCACGAUGAAGCAAUUACCUGCUACAAGCAGGCAAUCGCGCACGAUGAGGACUGCGCAAUGGCCUACUGGGGGGUAUCAUUCUGCUCUGGCUCGAACUACAACAAGACAUGGGCAUUGUUCGACGAAAGGGAUCGGGUCAAUGCAAUCAAACAGUGCCAUAUAUUUUCUCAAGAAGCUCUCAAGCGAGCCCAAAACGCUUCAGAUUGGGAGCUGGCAAUCAUUAAGGCUCUCGCGAAACGGUAUCCCGACGACGAUCCGAAUAAAGACCUUCUUGGGUGUAGCAAGGAAUACGCCGAAUCGAUGAGAGAGGUGUAUACGAAUCUCGGCCGCGAAGAUGAUUUUGACCUCAUCACGCUCCUAGCAGAUGCAUUGAUGAAUUGUGCUCCACGGAAGUUAUAUGACGCCUCUACGGGGCUCCCCAUCGCAUCUUCCCCAGUAUUUGAAGUAAAAGACCUGCUUGAACGGGCUUUGAAAACCCCCGGGGUUGAACAGCAUCCAGGUCCUGCACACAUGUAUAUCCAUCUGAUGGAAAUGUCGUUAACCCCCGAGGCUGCUCUCCCCGCAGCAGACAUGAUCCGCGAGAUAUUUCCUGAUACCGGACAUACCUUCCACAUGCCUGCCCAUAUCGAUGUCCUCGUUGGUGAUUACCGGCGCGCAGUGGAAUACAAUUUCAAGGCGACUGUCGCCGACGACAAGUAUUUCCAGCAGAACGGCGGUCUGACUUUUUACAGCUACUAUCGCCUCCACGACUACCACUCUCUCAUAUACGCCGCGAUGCUGGGCGGGAAAUCAAAGGCAGCAUUGUCGGCAACAGACCGGAUGGAGGCGACUAUUACGGAAGAAAUUCUUCGUGUCGAGACGCCUGCACUGGCAAACUGGAUGGAAUUUUUCAAGGCCGUCCGAGUCCAUGUGCUGAUUCGCUUCGGCAUGUGGGAAGAACUCAAGAAGCUCGAUCCACUUGAAGAUAAGGAGCUAUACUGUGUCACCAAUGUAAUGCGACACUAUGGCAAAAGCAUCGCAUACGCAGCCACGUCACAGCUACAGGAAGCCGACAACGAGCGAGAGCUUUUCAAAGCCGCUUCCAGACUUGUCCCUCCCACGCGACUCGACUUCCCUAAUAAAAUCACUGAUAUUCUCAAAGUAGCGUCUGCCAUGCUGGAUGGCGAGAUUGAGUAUAGACGGGGCGAUUACGAAACUUCAUUCCGCAGAUUACGCGACGCAAUUGCUCUGGAAGACGCGCUGCCUUUUGCAGAACCUUGGGGCUGGAUGCUUCCAGCACGACAUGCAUAUGCUGCGCUCUCACUCGAGCAAGGGCGUGUUGAACAAGCUGCUCAAGCAUAUGCUGAAGAUUUAGGGCUGUUCCCGACGCCCAACCGUUCACAUCAACAUCCAAAUAAUGUUUGGGCGCUACAUGGCUAUCACGAGUGCUUAGAGCUUUUGGGUCGUCAUGCCGAGGAAAAUAUUAUCAAGAAACAGCUUUCGCUUGCUCUGGCGGAGGCAGAUGUGAAAAUUACAUCUUCAUGCUUUUGUAGGCUUGGGGACGUUCAACCUUUAUCCGGAAAGUCCAAAAUGAAUGGUUCAAGUUGUCACAGUGUGGGAUCCAAAUGUCACGGCUAG